CAUGUUUGUAAUAUCUUGCAUCCUUUACACUAUUGGAACUAAUUACGUACAGCUUCUUAUCGCACGAUCAUUACAUGGAAUUUCUUCAGCUGGUAUGAAUGUUGCAGGAUUUUCGGCUUUGGCUAACAAAUAUCAAGAAGAUAGAGAGAGAAGUUUAAUCAUAGGCCUAGCUAUGUCUGGAGUUGCUAGUGGUGUAAUAGUUGGCUAUCCUUUGGGCGGUAGUUUAUAUGAGUUUGUUGGAAAGACGAUGCCCUUUGCAAUUUUGACAUCUAUUGGUAUAGUACAAUUGUUCUUACAAUUUACUGAUUUACCAGAAGCUAAUGAAUCUUUAACAAUUGGAUUUGGGACAAAUCAUUCAUUUUACGAUCUUUUGAAAGAUUUUAGGUUUUUAGUUUUAUUUGGAGCUCUUUUAUUGCCGGAAGUUGUUAUAGCAGCUAUAGAACCCACGUUGCCUCGUUUCUUAGAAGAGAAAAUGGACGCUGAAGAGUGGGAAGUGGGUGCAGCUUUUUUGCCUGACAGUCUUGGGUUCUUACUUGGUUCUUCUCUAUUUGCAACGCUGGCCAGAAAAAUCGGACGGAAAUUGCUGACAACCGUUUCAUUGUUACUAAUGUCCGCUUGUCUGAUUGCUUCAUCUUAUAGUCGACAGGUGGCGCAUUUAAUCUUGCCUCAAUUCGGAGUUGGUUUAGGAUUGGGCGGAAUAGACGCUUCACUGAUACCUCUUCUGGCUCUCUUAGUGGAUCAGUACUGUCCAGGACAAUACGGAGCCGCCUACGCAAUUGGACAAUCGGCAAUUUGCUUAGGAUUUGCUUUAGGUAUAUUUGAUUGUUUUACUCAUGAAUAA